AUGCUUAUUUACGAGAAUAGCCAAAAAGGCGGUAUCAAAAAGAAAAGGCUUCUCGUCGAAGAUGAUCGGGAUAAACCUAGAGCAGGGAUGAACCCAAAGAUGCAGCACCAAGGGAGCGGAACCACUGGGAAGAUCGCCUCCACGGGGAGGACAGCAGAGAAAUGCCAAGGAGACUUGAAAAGAGAGAGGGGGUUUUUUAUCAACAAGGAGAGGUUCGCAACAAGCAGUGGUGCUUGCUCGGGCAGCACGCUACGUAUUGUUCCUGUCUGGUCUGCCCUAAUUAUAAAGAGCAGAUCGACUAUGGACAAGCGCUUAAUGCAUGAACUCAUACUCCUCCCUCCAGUCAAGGAGUUUGUUCUGAUCUCUCAAGAAUCUCCGACUGCUGUGUCCCUUAAAUCAAAGUACGAAGAUGCUCGUAGACCAGCCACCCCUUCUCCUAUGGCAAGUCAAUCUGAGGUUCCCUUGGCAGUAAAGAUGUGGCAGACCUUGAAUGCCGUUGCCAAGUGCCAAAAGACAAAGGAGAAGGCCUUGGAACGAGACCCUUCUCUCAAAGAAAAACUGUCCUCAACAGCCGGGCGACGGGAACUCUCAUUCAUCGAGCGGUACAAAAAGAGAUGGCACCUAGUCGUAUCAAGGCGUGCCAAACCCUCCCCUCGGGGUAUUCAAAACCGUCUCUUCCGUCUUCAAAUGAAAGGUAUCCUGCUCCGUCUCCAUACAUCAGCGAGUCCGUUGGCCGGGCUACUUCUUUACUUUACGGAGAGAUUUAGGCUUCUGCUUACCUUGGGAAUAGUCUUUUGGACUACGUAUUCAACCGGACCGACCCCAUCCUCAUCAUUAUUGAUGAGUCCCUAUACACUAGGCCGGCAUGCAAUGGAUCCAUUUCCUCUCGGAAAUAGGUUGGGCAUCGCCCCGCUGAUCAAAGACUGA